AUGUCUGGUACUAUUGUUCUCACCGGCGCUAAUGGCUCCGCAGCUCUCUGGACAGUUCGCUACUUGUUGCAGCAUCAUCCAGACAAACACCUUAUACUCACUGUUCGAGACACUUCCGAUUCAGAUGCGAAUACCAAUUUACUCCGCGAGGCACUCGCAGAAUAUCCAGAUGCAAGUUUCUCCGUCCGCCCGCUCGAUCUCUCAAACCUUCCUGCCGUCCACGAGUUCGCGGAGAGGCUUGUCGAUGAGAUCUCUGGAGGAAAAGUACCGAAGCUAGAGAGCAUCAUUCCCAACGCCUUUUAUUGGAAUCUGGUAUCGGCUAUGCAGAUAACAGGCGAUGGCUACGAGAAGACAUUUCAGGUCAACCACAUCGCCCACUCCGUUCUCAUUCUCCGCUUGCUCGGUAGCUUUGCUGAAGACGGUGGUCGUAUCGUUCUUUUUACUAGUGACACUCAUUGGCCUGGGAAAAGCGCUCUUGAAAAGAUAAAGCCAAGGAUACCUGCCAACUUGGACGAAUUAGCCAAGCCUCCUGCAGACGAGCCAGAAGAUCACAUGGCCCACGGACAGAAUCGCUACGCUCUCUCGAAACUGGCUAUUCUGAUGUGGAUGUACGCGCUGAAUAGACACCUUCAAAAGGUUUGCGAUGAUUCCAUCCUAUCUGAAAUCCCUCUGACCAUUUCCAAGAACCCUCGUUUCUCGAACAUUACUGCUGUGGCUAUCAACCCUGGCAACUUGAGUGACUCUCGAGCACUGCGCGUGAAUACCCCUGCAAUGAUUCAAAUGAUGUCAAAGUACAUUAUCCGGCCGCUGCGUCCAUUGCUUCGUUUUAUGGACCCAACCAUGCGCACCUCGAGCGAGGCCGGCACUGAUGUCGCCAAACUAGCAGUCAACGAGGCAUCUCCGGGCUAUCGCGGAUUUCUUACUCUGCUGAAGGAAGACACUAGUUCUCCUGACAGCUUGAGCGAGACGGUGCAGGAAGAAAUUUGGGCAAAGACAUUGGAGUGGACAGGCAUUUCAGCAGCAAAUGCUGGUAUCUCCACCUGA